CCCGAAAGUAUCCAAUGGUACUUUUACAAAGAAAAAACCACACAAUGCCAUAAACUCUGUUGACACAGAACAGACUGAAAGCCAGCGACAUAACCCAUCUAUACGGACCAUUGGCAAGAAAAAUAGCGAACCUGCCGCUAUCGCCUAAUUGCUCGGACGGUAUUUUUACACGGCUGAUUAUAAAGCGAAGCAUGUCUAACAUCGUGCUCCUAGGCAAUGUAUACACACCUUGCCCCGGUAGAAUAACCACCAGUUCCUGGGCGCCUGGGGCUUCCGAUCCAGCCCUUACCCCCAAACAGUCGAAGGAGGCUCUUACUGCCCGUCUAAUAGAACUGGCUAAGGUUGACCCUAUUAUGUUAUUCAUGAAAGGCAUACCCAAAUCGCCCGUGUGUCAUUUUAGUCGGCGGAUCGUUCGUAUCCUGAACGAUCGCGGCAUCGUGUAUGAUUCCUUCAAUGUAUUGACCGACGAGGAUGUUCGACAGGGGCUGAAGGAAUUUGCUGACUGGCUCACGUUCCCCCAGUUAUGCGAAUAGUUGGACAUUGAAGAAUAUAAGGCCCGAGAGAC